AGGAGGUGUCCCGGACGAGCCGGACGAGCACCACUAAAUGAUAAAGAUGUUGUGUGCUGCUCAUUUACCCCAUUUGUCCCCUAUUAAGUAUUUUCCCAGUCCCACUUGAUUGAAUCUCAGUAUUGUUCUGGACUGAGUGAGAGUAUUGUUGUAGUUGAACAUACAUCUUCAGCACUCGAAGCAAUCUUGCCUUUUUCGUUGUUUUUUAGCUUUCAAGUAGAACAAAAAAGCCGAACAAGAUGGUCCGUCAAGCUGCGACGAAUGCUAUGAUGGGUAGGCCCGGCGGAAAGGGCCGCCGAGGCGGUGGAGGUAUGUUUGAGGGCAAAGAUGGCAGAUCAAGAAGUCCUAUGAACAGGACAGGUAGCGGAUCUCUGGGCAAGAAUUCCAAGAAGGACAAGAAGAAGCAGGAAGACCCAAUGGCAGUCAUUGAGACCAAACUCUUAGGUCUGACCAAUCCAAAAGACGACUUGCUGAUGACCAAGAGGUUGCCAGCAGCUAGGGAGAUCAUGUCUAGUGCAGUGAUUUUGAUAAGAAAUGUUGCGCCAAAUGGAGGUAGUGUAGCAAGUCCAAACGGGGCUACAGCUACGACAUCAGCGUCCUCGUCAUCGUCAACGGCACCUCAACAAGCGCAAAGCAAGAGUGUAGCGAAUGACGUCGGAGGUGAGGAUAGCGGAAGAUCGGAACCUCUCGGCCCGAGACCGGUAGAGCAAUACCUUCUACCCGCGAGAAUCGCUCAGAUGGUAGCAAUGAAGAAUGGAGGACUUGCCGUCCCAAGUGCCAAUGGUAUAGAAGAUGGAGGCGCAUCUCCGACUGGGAGCACUAGAGGUUUGGGAGUUCUUGCAGUUGGUGCUGCCACUCCUGGUGUGACGACGACUGCUGUUGCAGGAGGUUUAGAAGUUGAUGGGUCUCCUGACUCAGCGACCAAGCGAGGAGUUAGUUUCGCUGCUGCAGAGGGAGGCCAAUCUAGAGAAGGCGACCUAGAAGAUCCUAGUCUAGUUCUACCUGGAGCAGCUAAUUUGAGCCCCGAACAAACAGAGAAGAUUCAACGGGCUCAAAAGCUGACGAGGGAAUUGGACCUGCAAUAUGGAACCGGAAGUGACGACUUCUUCAACGAAAAAGCGGACUCUUUUUAAGGCCCAAAAGUGAUAUCAAACUUUCUUAGAUUUAGAUGUUUGAUUGUAACAAAAACAAACUAUAAUCUCCGAAAUAAUGAAGAUGAGUGGACUACUUGUUCCUUGAUCUUGAUGUUCUUGUUGAUUCUUCAAGAGACAAGUCGUGAUCCUUGUUUUAAGCCGUCAGUCCCGUAAUAUCUUAUGGAGACAGGAGAUCAUGAAGACAGACCUCAAAUUAUCGCUCCAGCAUUUUUCCACCUCUAAUCCGCACGAGACUGCUUCUGCCGUAUUGUCAUCCGAAACAUGACUAGUGAAGGCUCAGACAUGCCCGAUUUGAUCGACAUGUUCUGCAAAGGCAGAUAUUUAUCUGACGCUUCCUCGGAAAACCUUAGAAUUCCAGUCCCCAGCUUAAACGGCAUGCCGGACAACGCCAACUUCAAAGCAUUAGCGAGCUAUAUUCUUGUGGUACAAGAAACUUUCUUCCACUGUUGUUGUUUCAGGGAGUUUAUUUGAGAACAAGCACAGACACUAUGUAUAGCAGAGUAGUUUAUAGCACGCAUGGUGCAUGGAGUGCAUGGAGUAGCAUGGACUGCAUGGAGCGCAGAGCUUUAAGGGGCGCAAGAAGCUCCCCCUUUAGCUCCAUGCUAUUCCAUGUGAUCCAUGCACUCCAUGCCAUGCGAGCUGUGAAACCUUAUAAAUUGCUCUGGUAUAGUUUUCUCUCCUCGUCGAUUUCGAAAACAGCACCUCCCAAAUCGAUCCCCCAACAUCCCAACAUUUUUCAACAAUACCUAUGAUCAACAACAGAAACUGAAGAUCUACAACAUCUUCCUAUGAUCAACAACAGAAACUGAAGAUCUACGAGGAGUUGAACAAAGCAGCUCUUGCGUUGGACCCUCGUGGACCUGUGAAGGAAGCUGCUCACCACCGACGCUUGCUGCGUGAAAAAGAGUCCAAGCGAGCCCGCGAACUAGGCCUAGAGGGACAAGAGCCGAUCUUUCCUUGUUGGACGGUGAUUGAGAAGUUGAUACAAAGUAAGCGUGGAGUCACCAAGCCUCUGAUUAAGGCUAGAAGAAAUCCAUCUUCACAGGCAUCCUGAGACCGUUUUCAAGGGGAGAAAGGUCCUCGGAUGCGUCUCAAGAUGGAUUUCUCUUAGUUCUAAUCUGAGCUCACACAUGCAAAAGUUGGAGGAAAAGCAGAAACAGGCAGAAGCGGAAGCAAUGAAAAAACUCCACGAAAUGGAGGAAAAGAAGGCAAGACAAAAAGCCGAAAGAGAAGAAGAACUCAGAAAAGCUUUGAGUCAGCCACAGUCGGUCGAGUAAUGAACCGGGGAGAGCUGCAGCAUAGGGAUAAAAAUAGACAUAAGUACUUCUAUAGUAGUCAACAUAUUAGACUUAGAGUUAGACUGACUUGAGCUUGACACUCAAGUAGUCAACAUAGACUUAGAGUGCGACUCACAAAGAUCAGACUUGUUACAUCAAGAUGAAGAUUAUUUAAGACAUUUUAAUACUUUUAGCAUUCACGACAAGGAAAAUAACAUCAUGUAUAUUCAUUUGAUGCAAGCAAUUGCAUUACAUCACAAUUGCGAUCACAUUCACAUACUGUACACCAUGAUUAUUCAUGAUUAUCAAGCUUUUAUACCACGUUCGACGUUUUUGGAACAAAUGAUCAUGUACUCGAAGAUGAAGAUCCUUCAGGUGGUCGCAUCGCAAAAGACGAACAAGGAGGAUGUUGUAGUAGAC